CAGAUUAUGGACAGCCAGCUUUUGUGCGGCAGUGCCGCUUAUCUUGUUCCUACUAAGCCAUGGACCGCCAUCACUGACGAUGACAAAUUUGUCUCACACUUGGUCUCCCUCUACCUGCUCUGGGACUAUCCCUUCUUUGCCUUUUCGACAGCCAUAUCUCUGUAAAACACAUGGCCAUAUGUAACACUGAGUCCGACUAUUACAGCCCAUACCUAGAGGCUAAUGCAUGCUUCACUGAUCAUGCAAUUUCCGGGAUCAACUUGCAAUAUACCGGAGCCUACAUAGUCUCCGGAGAUGUCCGCAUAAAAGGAGCCGGUUUCCUGACCGAGGCAGAACGCCAGCUACAAUCACAUCAGUUUAAGGAAGGUGGCGAGAUCUGCCUGGCGUCUUUGCGGGGAUACCUGUUGCUGUAUAAGAGAGGUACGCUGAUAUCUAACCAGACAGCAGGCGCUCUAACGCGUCGACUGGUAACGCGUCCCCGAGUGCGCGGAAGAAGGUUCCUCCGGACCAUCCAGCAUAUCAGCCAUAUCCAUACCAUCAAUACCGGUCUUGACGGCUCCAAGCAUAUCAGCGUCACUCCUAGAGAUACGAUUGCCCGGUUCCCCGCAAGCCUGGCCCCACCGUGACGCCG